AUGGUGCUUGCAGGUAUCAAGAAAACCACCGGACUCACUCUGUCUGUGGAGGACCUUGCCGAGGGGCCAAGUUCCAGAUCGCUGCUCUCCCGCUACCUGUCGGUUGGCGAAGGGUGUUUUGACUAUGCAGUCUCCUGGUGCAGGGGCUCACGCUUAUUCAGGCCAAAGAAUGUUGAGAAUUUCGACGACUUGAAGGACGCACUGAGACACGGUGUGAACAACAUGAUUGAUGACAGAAAAUGA